UGAAAGAGUAGCACGAGACUUACCUUGAGAAGCUGGAUGCAUUUGUGGUUUACGAGGGCGCUGAGGCGACUGGUUGGACAUUGCACAAAUCAAAGAAAACAAUGGUCCAGGAGGGCCAGAAUGAGAUGGGAACAAAGGAUUCAGGAUCGACCGCACAACAAAGGCCCAGUCUUUAGGCGAGCAGUUGUGCUACGCGCGUUUCCCUCGUGUCUAAGACAGGAUGACGCCUCCAGAAGACAACGAGGUCGGCAACCACGAAUGGCAGUCAGCCUCGAGGCGUCCUGAGGCUAUAUCUGGGAAGGAAACAACCGCCUGAUCCGGCACUU